CUGCGUAAGCCGUCAGUGACCCUGAUAAACCCAACAAGAAAAAGAAAGAAGUCUGUGGGACACGUUGAAGAGAAGAAACCUCUGGGCAAACUGUAGGCAUCCUGAAGCAGAAACUGCAAGUGUUGUAAGGAAGCAUGGCAGGUCCACAGAAAAGAAAGAGGCACCACAAAGGUGACACUCACCUUAAAAAAAGAUGGAGGACUAGAAGACGCACCAAGGAUCUGGACCAGAUUGAUGAGGAUCUUCAAAUUGAAAAUGCAUCCAAGUUAUUGCACCAAGAAAUUGAUGAUGAUAAACCAGGAUCAGGACAACACUAUUGUCUUCAUUGUGCUCGGUACUUUAUUACUUCAGAAGCUCUUAAAAGCCACUUCCGAACUAAAGUUCACAAGCGACGACUUAAGGCUUUGGAAAUUGAACCUUACACAAUUGAGGAGUCUCAGAGGGCAGGUGGCCUUGGGUCAUACAUUCACCCCAAGAAACGCACGAUGGAGACGCAGCCUGUAGAUGAUGAAACUUUUGACCCCAGUAAGGAUGUCGAUAUGAAAUAACGUAGUGUACAUUGCAAAUUCUCCAUGAGGAGAUGGAGAAGAAUUCUUCCUUUGUAAUCUAUGCAUGUCAUAAGAGGUGAUUAAAACACUGGGAGCAACAGGCUAAUAACCCCUUCUGUAUAAAUUGCUAAAUGUAAUAAAAACUUUUGUUCUUUUUACAAGGAACCCUGCCUUGGGAGAUA